UGUUAAAAAUGACAUUGAACACCUCAAACACAGAAUAUAGGUCACAGAAACUGACUGCUAAAAAGAAGAAAUCAGAAAUGGAAGGUAAUGGUACAAAUUAUUUUGCAAAUGUAAACAAUUUCAUUAGGAUAUAAAACACCUGACAAAAACAAUCAACAUUGCAAUUAUCAUUUACCCCCACCAAAGAGUGAAUGUACUACUAUAAUAAUACAAUGAACAUAAUGAUAUAAUGAUAUUAAUAACCAUAUGUGAUACUCAUUGAAAUAUUGGUGUUGUUAAAGAUUAUGAAUGAGAUGGAAGUCAAAAAGGAGGAUGAAAAUUCAAACAGAAUCCUGUUGGAGGAAACUUUUUACGUUCUGACAAAGAAAAAUUGCGUGUUCAGAGUUCGUUUAACAAGAAAAGGCUUAUGUUUAAUAAAAGAGAGUGAACAUAACAUCAAGGAACAACUGAUUCCAAUUCGCGACAUAAUCGGUAGCAGGUGUUUACGUAGUAAGAAACAAUCGAGACAAUGUGUGUGCCAUUCUAUUCCACGCUCAAGUAGUUUGGAAGUUGUCGAAGAGAGCUCACUAGAACUGGAUGACUCCGAUUCCAGUGCCUACUUAUACAUCUACGCCUACAUAUUCCAAAAUUCUAAAGCCUCAAACAAAAGAAGGGAGCGAACUAUAAUUACCUUGAGGUUCAGAUCCUUCGAUAAAUAUGAAGACAACAACAAAGAAGCUCAAAGAUGGAGAAUGGUGUUGAAAAAAUUAAUAAGAGGAGAAACAAUUUCAAAUGCUAGCAUAGCAGGUUUCACUCUAAGCCAUAAACAUAAGGAAAACAAAAGACUGUUAGUGUUAUGCAAUCCCAAAAGUGGGAAAGGGAAAGGCAAACAAAUAUUCCAGCAGAAGGUGGCUCCAGUUCUACAAGAAGCGGAAAUUCCUUUUGAUUUGUACUUAACAAAACAUGCAAAUUUUGCCAGAGAGUUUGUCAGGACAAGUAACCUAUUUCAGUGGAGUGGAAUACUUUCGGUAGGUGGUGACGGAAUACUGUUCGAAGUAAUAAACGGCAUUUUUGAACGGUGGGAUUGGUCUGAAAUCAUAAAAUCUAUCCCUGUGGGGGUAGUACCCGGAGGUUCCGGCAACGGUUUGGCCCGUAGCAUUGCUCACUAUUAUUCGGAGCCAUACUUGCCAACCCCAUAUCUUCCAUCAGCACUGGCAGCUGUUCGCAACGAUUAUGCCCCAAUGGAUUUGGUGAGGGUGGAGACCAAUGUUCAAAUCAUGUUCUCGUUCUUAUCAGUUGGAUGGGGUUUGCUGUCGGACAUUGAUAUUGAGAGCGAGAGAUUGCGCUUAUUUGGAGGACAGAGGUUUGUCAUUUGGUCCAUAGCCAGGCUAAUUGGACUCCGAAGUUAUGGUGGAAAAUUAUGGUACUUGCCCUCUGAUGUUCCUCCAGCCAGCACGAGAGAUUACCACUCGUCCACGUUAAAUAUUGGUAGUAAUUUGGAUCUACCUGCAGAAGUCAAUUUGGAAACUCAAACUGGAAGACCAAGAGUUGACUCAUGGUACAGCGCAAAUUCCCGCAAAAGCGCAUAUUUCUCAACCACUUGCAGCUCCUAUCAAUCGACCUCGGACAGCGCUGCGGGGGAUGUCCCAGCCGCUACAGAAAAACCAAGAAUGUACGGCCCCGCCCCUCAGAUACCAUGCCUACCGGCCCCUUUGCCUUCCACGUGGAAGUGCAUCUCGGGGCGUUUCGUCAUGGUCCACGCCUCUUAUCAGAGUCACCUAGGAGAAGAUUUAUUCUUCGCCCCGGAGGCCACUCUGAAUGAUGGAAGAAUAUGGCUUUUGAUAGUCCACGCAGGCGCAACCAGAUCUCAAUUGUUGCACUUUCUACUAGGCCUCAGCACGGGCGCUCACGCGGUGUCGAAGUCGCAAGAGGGGGCAAUCGAGCUCCUACCCGUGCGGGCGUUCCGGAUUGAACCGGACGAAGGAGAGACAGGCUACAUGACAGUGGAUGGCGAACAGGUCGAGUACGGGCCAAUUCAGGCCGAGAUUUUUCCUUCUCUAGGUAGGAUUAUGGUUCCUUGAUCAAAACAUUCCUCGAGCAAUAACGAAAGCUUGAAAAACAAAUCCAAGGUUGUGAUUCUGUCAACUUUUGAGCCUCUAAUUGUUCGGCUCGAUAGUAUUUAGCAACGUUUCUGUGAUCCCGGCAUAUUCUCUAGAAUCAAAAUAUUGUUGAGUUAGAAUUGCACUCAAGGUUGUGAAGUUUUAUUUUAUUGUUAUAAGUUGCAAAUAAUUAUAAAUUUUUAAUUUUGGUAUAAUUUGAGAAAGUUACCCCUUUCUUUAAAUAUUUUUCAUUUUUGUCGGUUGAUAACUCAGGGCUGAUAAAAUUGCAUCUGUCCAUGAUAAUAAUUAUACAAUAUCCACAAGACAUGUUUUCCUACACAAUAGCCUCAUCAGUUCAACAGAUGAAGCUACUGUGAAAAUUGUAUAUAAUUAUCAUGGAUAGUGUUACUCAUUUUCACCCAGUAACGGGUCAUCGUAUUAAUAAAAUUGCAGCUGUCUCAAUUUUUUAUGAUGGGCAAAAAUUCCUGAAAAGUUUAAGCAAAUUCUACUGUUUCAAAUGUUUCAUUAUCUCCAAAACUAUCACCAAUAUGAUAAAAUCAGUUGUUAGCUUUUUUAUUAUAAUAUUCUCUACAGAAAAAAUCUAUCUAUGCUUCUUUUUUUGUAGAAGUCACCGUUUCUCAAAAAUUUGAUGUUCAGAUCAUAAGAUUCAUUCUUAAUAUAAAAAUAUAAUAUCUCUGAAACUUCUAAGUUACAGUAAGACUCCAGUUAUCCAAACUAUAAAAGUAUACUUGUCAAUGGAAGGUAAGGUGAUGUACUCUGAAUACCAUAAAGAAAUGAAACCUUCUUUAUGCUGUUUCAUACCUGCAAGUGAUGUGAACCCUACUGCUACGAUAAAUCAAUGCUACUAUUACUAUAUUUAAAAAAUUGUUGGUUGUCCUAAUUCUAUGCAAACAAAUGACCAUUAAAAAUGUAUGUCUAAAUGUCAUUUCGGUUUUACAAUAUUCUCAUAGAGGGCAUUCCUAUGAACAUUUUGAAUUGUCAUAAAUUCGGGUACAUUUAAGAUAAAAGAAAAAAAAUAUAAUAAAAGAGAUUUGUGGACUUCAAUCGUAAAAUAUAAUACUGCAAUAUUAGUAAUUUCGUCUCAUGAAUCUCUGAGAACUACACUUUUAGAAUUUUGAAAAUUAUCAACAAGCAGCAACUUUGAAGAGAUCUUCAUAGAAUUAUUCAUGCAGAAUAAAAUAAAUAUUCUCAUUCAAGUGUAGUUGACAGAUUUCAUCUAUCAUUCUUAGUUUUUCAAUUAUAUCCUAAUU